AUGAAAUUCAACGAGAGAUAUCGCCAACAAAAUAAUUUUCAAGCAUUGCCACUUGAACUAGGACUUCAAAUUUUUGGCACCGCAUUAGGGUAUACCUUUGCUACUCUGGCGCCAGUGGGCCGAGUGUGGAUACCACAAAUUCACUUUUGGUGUGUCAUUGGUAUUCAAAUUCUGAGAACGCUUGUUGUCAUCCUCGCCAGUGGUCGUGACUCAAACCACCUCAUCUAUAAGACUGUUCCUAAAGAUCUGAAUUGGAUCUUUGUGGGUCCUGAGUUCCACUGCCUUCAUCAUGUUUACCCAGACCGCUACAUUGGAUCGUUCAUCAAACUUUUUGACUGGAUAUGCGGCACUGCUUACUCCUUUCGAGGAAAACGAUUUGUUAUUACCGGCGGGGAUGGAGCUUUUAGCCAAGCAAUGGUGAUGGAGCUAAAACGCGAAGGAGUACAAGACAUUCGCAAGUUGGAAUUCGGUACCGAUUGGGACCCCCAUCACUUUGAGAAAGCCGCCCAAAUGUUGGCCACCUGUGACAUCCUCAUCCUGGAGCACGGCACCAAAGAUGGAGAUGCAGCGAAAUCAAACUGCGAUUCAGCGGUUCGCCUCGUUCAACUAUUCAAACAGCACAGAUCGACCAAUGGGUCCAAUCCGACACUUCCUGAAGUUUGGUACGUUGGUAGUGAAAUUGAAAUCCAUCCAUCUCUCGAGAUUUCACAAUUGCAACGCUACUCUGACUCAAAACGGUCCUUUCUUCCACACGGUCGUUCUUAUUAUGAUGAUGCCGAUAUAAUUUACCGCCACAUCAUGCCGUCUGCGUUUCAGUCAUCCAUGGGGCCCGCUAUAUAUUCGCCAGUUUGGGCUGCUAGGUGGUCAAUGUGGUGGAUCCGGAGAGGUGCUCGCUAUAUUCCUGUUUCGUGCACUGUGUUUUCCUUUUUGAACUAUCUCAAGUUCAUUUUUCUGGUUCCCUAUGCCCGCGAUGUGGAUACAGCUUGA